AUGACUUUUAAAGAUGCUAGAAAGACUCUCAUGGAACCAGAGAUGGCGAUUCACCAAACUAGAAUUACUCUAACCAGCCACAACAGAAAGUCUUUGGAGAAAGUGUGUGCUGAUUUAGUCAGAGAUGCAAAGGAAAAGAAUCUCAGAGUGAAAGGACCAGUUCUGAUGCCUACAAAGACUCUGAGAAUCAAUAUAAGUAAAACUCCCUGUGGGAGGGGUUCUAAGACUUGGGAUGGGUUUCAUGUGAGGAUCCACAAGCAACUCAUUAACUUGCACUAUCUUCCUGAGGUUGUUAAGCGGAUCACGUCCAUCAGUAUUGAGGCAGGAGUCAAGGUUAAGUCACCAUUGCAGAUACUUAAAUCAAUCUUUUAA